CCAUGAAUGACAUCGGUGACUAUGUCGGCUCCAGCCUGCAGAUCUCCUGGCUUCCCAACCUGGAUGGGCUGAUGGAGGGUUACGCCCGGAACUUCCGGCCAGGCAUCGGGGGGCCCCCCGUGAAUGUGGCGCUUGCCCUCGAGGUGGCCAGCAUCGACCACAUCUCAGAGGUGAACAUGGAGUACACCAUGACCGUGUUCCUGCACCAGAGCUGGCGGGACAACAGGCUCUCCUACAGCCACACCAAUGAGACGCUGGGCCUCGACAGCCGCUUCGUGGACCGGCUCUGGCUCCCGGACACCUUCAUCGUCAACGCCAAGUCUGCGUGGUUCCAUGACGUCACUGUGGAGAACAAGCUCAUCCGGCUGCAGCCUGACGGGGUGAUCCUGUACAGCACGCGGAUCACCUCCACAGUGGCCUGUGACAUGGACCUGACCAAGUACCCCAUGGACGAGCAGGAGUGCAUGCUGGACCUGGAGAGCUACGGCUACUCCUCUGAGGAUAUUGUCUACUACUGGUCGGAGAACCAGGAGCAGAUCCACGGGCUGGACAAGCUCCAGCUGGCCCAGUUCACCAUCACCAGCUUCCGCUUCACCACGGAGAUGAUGAACUUCAAGUCCGCUGGGCAGUUCCCGAGGCUCAGCCUACGCUUCCACCUGCGGAGGAACCGGGGCGUCUACAUCAUCCAGUCGUACAUGCCCUCUGUCCUGCUGGUCGCCAUGUCCUGGGUCUCCUUCUGGAUCAGCCAGGCUGCAGUGCCCGCCAGGGUGUCUCUAGGUAUCACCACAGUGCUGACGAUGACCACGCUGAUGGUCAGUGCACGCUCCUCCCUGCCGCGGGCCUCCGCCAUCAAAGCCCUGGACGUGUACUUCUGGAUCUGCUACGUGUUUGUGUUCGCCGCGCUGGUGGAGUACGCCUUUGCCCACUUCAACGCCGACUACCGGAAGAAGCAGAAGGCCAAGGUCAAAGUCAAAGAGCAGAGGGCAGAGAUCGAUGUCAAGAACGCCAUCGUGCUGUUCUCCCUGUCUGCGGCCGGCGUCAACCAGGAGCUCGCCCUCUCCAACAGGCUGGGCCGCGCCCCCGGGAACCUGAUGGGUUCCUACCGCUCUGCAGAGGUGGAGGCGGGGGAGGCCCAAAGGCAGGAAGGGUCCCGCUCAGGUGGCAUGCGGGCGCUCUUCAAGCCCAUUGACGCAGACACCAUUGACAUCUACGCCCGAGCCGUGUUCCCAGCAGCCUUCGCCGCGGUCAACAUCAUCUACUGGGCCGCCUACACCAUGUGAGGGGGUUUGUCUGGGAAGAGGACGUGGGACCUCCCUUGAACCCGCCAGCCCGCUCUGUGCAUUUCAAAGUGGGGUGGCAGCAGACCACAGGCAGGUGGCGAGCAUGGUCCCCAGGCUUGGUCCCUGGCUCCUACCCCAUCAUGAAGACCAGCUUCUCCCAUAGAGGACCGUUGUGCAGACAGAGCCAGGCGGGAUGGAACCACGCUCUUCCUGACCUGGCCCUGUGGGGUGGGCCCCCAGCCGCCAGGGAGAGCAAGGACUGUGGACUCAGACCAUGACUGCUCCUUGCUGCCACCGUGGACAGAAUGGUGGAGAGGGGUAGCCUGUGUUGAGGGCUCUUGGGUCCCUGCAUGAAAUAAAGUCACCCUCCAUCCCACAAGGGCAUGGGGGUCUCUCCCCUGUGCCUGGAGCCCCUGCCCAACCCCUUGGAGAGCUCUAGUCCCCAGCCUGGCAGACUGGCAAUGUGUAAGCAGAGGCAGCCCAUGGAAGUCCCAGGGUGGAACGCAGCCAGUGCCCCUGGUGCACCAGGGAGCUGAGGGUCCUGAGAGAAGGAGGCUGGAACUGGGACUGGGCAGGACUCCACACAAAGUGUCGCCGUCUCCCGGGGCUGCCCGACCCGAAUCCCACACACUGGAACCAGAGCCUGAAUUGGUUCUUUCGUGCAUCUGGAGGAAGGGCCUUCCGUGUCUCCCCAGCUUCCUGGGCUUACAGAUGUACCAUCACAUGGCUGGCUUCCCUCUGUCUGUCUCUGUCUCUUCUCAAGCACACUACUCCCGUGGGACAAGGGUCCACCUUGGUCAGUCUGACGUCCUGUUCAUCUCACCUGUGACAUCCUGGUUCCAAGCAGGGCUAGGGGCAAAGAUAUGGGGGCAGGACUUCAACACCUUUCAGCACUCAACACAUGUCAGCCCUCAGCGGAGAGGAGCACAUUGUCUCCUGUAAGUAGCCUUUGAUGGGCCCACUUCUCGGGUGAUGGCCAAGUUCAGACAUGUGCCCUACCCCCUCAUACAAAGGGCGGAGGUAGAGCUGGCUGACCUAAAGCCCACCACCCUUCCUGUCACCCUGUGGCCACUGGAGCCAGAGCCAGGGCAAGUCCAGAAGCCCCUGGCAUCUGCUGGGCCAUUCUCUGUCCCGAGGACAUGCCCGUGUCCAGAGAGAUGGGUGGGCAGCACGUCUCAAGCUCUGGAUAAGGGUCUGGUUUUCCAGCACUGCGGUCACUGCGCUCUGAGAGGCAGCAGGGCAGCAGGGCAGCAGCUUAGCGCAACAGCUAUGUCGGCUGUAUUGUCUGAUUCAGGCUCCCAGGCCCCAGGGACCCCCUUCCGGAGGAGCCCUCCUUCCCCAAAACACAAGUCUGGGAAGCUCGGUGGUGACUUUAUGGGAAUCAGGAAAAGCCUAGCUGGGCCAUCUAUCCCAAGGCCAACUGCUCACCGUUAGAAGCCAUCAGGUUCAAGGGCCAGGGUGGCAAGUCACUGAGGGUGACUCAGAGAGAUCACACCACCACUGAUGCUGAAGUCCUGCAGGCUAGGGACACCACUUACAUCCUGGGAAGAGGAGGACAUGACCCUGGGCCCACACUGGGCCCAGCCUCCAGCUCCACCCUGUAUCACCCAAACCCCUUAAGGACCCCUUCCAUGAGCCUGCCCCUCUGCCUCCCACUCUGAAGAAGAGGAGGAGGAGGGGCGGCCCAGGAAUUUCAGGCCUGGUGCAGUCAGACCUCAGCAGCAAGGGAGCAGGUGGCCAGGAGCAGGAGGGCCGGAUCUGGGUCAGCUGGGCCUCAGGCCACCUCCAGAAGGUGGGGAGGACACCGGCCAAGGCCAGCCUAUCAGAGAGGGGCCCUGGGUGGUAGAGGCACCACGCCCAGACUGUGGGCUGAGCCAGGGUGCUGCCCUAGCAUGGGGACAUCACCUGUACCAUGUGCCCAGAGGCACCCCGCCCCUCUCCUCCUCCUCCUCUUCAACUCCAACUUCCUUUGGCUGUCCUGGAGAGCAGAUGUAGCUGAGCUCUAUCUAGCUACCUGGCCGGGCCAAGACAGCCCAUACCCUCUCCCACUGCUGGGGGACCAAGCACCCUUGAGGCCUGAGCAAGGCAGGGCAGCCCACUCCUGGGAUGUUCGAUGGGGCUGGGGCCCAGAACUUCGGGCUGGCCUGGGUCGACCUCCCUGCGGCUGGGACCCUGCCUCCAGCCCUGUGCCUGGCUGCCUGCAUUGCCCUCUUUCUGUUGCCGCAAGCCCACGAGGAGCUAUUUAAAGCAGUCUCUGUGGUUGCCUGGGCCCGCUGCAAGGCACAGCCCACCCCCAGAACCUGCGCCUGUGCAUCUCGCUCCCCGCUUGCUCCAGGCUCCGCUGCUAUUUCUGCCCACGUGUUACAGGGCCGGUAGCGCGAGCAGGGAAGGCUGGUGCUUUUUAAACACUGAGUUCUAUUUCUGUAAUGAUGAUCUGAGCAGAUUAAAAGCUGUACCAGA